CCACAAUCAACCUCAGUCGCCCACAUCACAUACCAGCAAAGGCCGUCCAGGCUGUAACACCACGUCCAGCAUCUCAUACCCACCACCUUGCUUAUAAGGUCUAAGCUCAGUCAUCAUGUCUGGCGGAGUGAAGCGCGACCGGGAUGGCAACGCGCGUGUCAAGAGCACCGCCGCGCCUGACGCGCCCCGCGGCCGCUUCCACGACAUGUUUGCGACGUUCCGCGACGAGCUCGACGAGCACUACGACCGGCGGGAGCGCAUCAUCAAGGCAAGCCGGGACGUGACGGCCCAGAGCAAGAAGAUCAUCUUUGCGCUGCAACGGGUCAAGACGCUCAACGCAGAGUUCCCGCCGCACACGCAAAAAGACAUUGACGCGCGCAGGGCGGAGAUCGCGCGGCUGCUGGCCCCGGUCGUCCCGGACCUGCAGUCGCUCAACCGCUACCGCUACGCCUGGCAGAUGCGCUGCCUCGAGGAGCUCAUCGAGGCGCUCUCUUUUGAGCACUACCUGCGCCACCAGCGGCUCAUCACCCCCGCCGAGGCGGCGGCCGCCGUGCCCCUGGCCGAGGGCGCGGCGCUGCUGUCGCCCCUGGCGCUCACGCCAGGCGACUACAUGUACGGCGUCUUCGACUUGUUCGGGGAGCUGAUGCGCUUCGCGACGGUGCAGCGCGCGCAGGUGAUUCACGCCCCGACUGACUCGGGGGGCGCCACGGCCGCCGCUGCCGCCGCCGCCGGGGACGACGUGCAGCAAGGGAACAAGAGGACGAUUCUCCGUGACAUUCAGGAGCUGGGGUGUGCGUUUGAGAUGCUGCCUGCGGUGCCGACAAAGGACUUUCGCAGCAAGAUGGAUGCCAUGCGGCAGAGUGUGAGAAAGGUCGAGAACCUGGGUUAUGGCCUGGUCGUGCGCGGGAGUGAACGACCGAGCGGGUGGGUGCCGGACAUGAAGGACGAGGGGCCAGAGCCUGUCUCACCCGUCUGAAUUGCAUCACAGGCGUUGCAUCGGUCUCUUCUCACCGCCAAGUUUCGUCUUGCUCCCUUAUCUACCACUGUAUGUAUACGCGCGCACGUGUGUUUGUUUGUAUGAUAAAGAUCUGGGCGCGCCUAAACCGCGUGAUCAUUUCUCAGGCAUAGGAUACUCUUUCGUCUCAUCGAGCUGGUCGUUCAGCCCUAGGCAGCCGCAGGAAAACUGGGUCGAUGUGAACGAACGGCAUGUUAUUGUUGCGACUUACACACAGCGCAGGC